UAGUGAAUAUCUGUAAUACUGAUAUGUAUUAGAAGUGCUUUGGUUAGUUUGUAUAUUGUCAAUACUGUUUGCGUUCAAUACAAAACGUUCCACUUACUUCCGGUAUUUACAAACAAACGUUACGCAGCGUGAUGACGUCACGCACGGUGACACACCCACUACACUUUUGCACUUCCGCAAACUUUCUGUGUUUUUCCCCCCCACUUCUGUCUUCGUACAGUUCCUUCUACUUCGACAAGACCAUUUUUAAGCUAUCUGGCGUUUAAACGUUUUAAAUUAAUUAUCUAAAAAUAUGAGCGAAAUACAGAUGAACCAGCCAGGCACAAAUGAGGACAUCGGGGAGGAAAAUGACUGGGCAGCGACCACAAUCUUUUUUGAAAGCCUAAAAACUAACAAACCGAGACCGCCUAAACCCAGGUUUGCUGUCACCGUCGCGGUGUCUUCCCGCACCCUCUUCAACAUGGUGGCAGAGAGGGAGAUCUAUGAGAAAGAAGGAGUAGAGAAAUACGUCGCCUAUCAGGUGGAACAUGAAGAUGAAGCUCUCAAGCCGGGGGCUGCGUUCCCUUUCGUCAAGGCUCUGAUGACGGUCAACUCUCGGCUCAGGGAGCUCUACCCGGACAGCGAAGAAUUGUUCGAUAUCGUCCUCAUGACCAACAAUCAUGCCCAAGUUGGAGUGCGCCUCAUUAACAGCAUCAAUCAUUACGAUUUAACCAUCGAGAGAUUCUGUAUGACUGGAGGAAAAAGUCCAAUAGGCUACUUGAAAGCCUACAUGACCAACUUGUACCUCUCCAAAGAUGCUGAGAAAGUGACAGAGGCCAUCGAAGAAGGCAUCGCCGCGGCCACCAUGUUUACGGCCGAGACAGAGAACGAGCUUUGCGACACGCAGCUGAGGGUGGCGUUCGAUGGCGACGCCGUCCUCUUCUCGGAUGAGUCCGAGAUCAUUGUGAAGAAGCACGGCCUGGACUCGUUCUUUGAGCACGAGAAGAAGUUUGAGAACCUGCCGCUUACUCAGGGCCCUCUAAAGGGCUUCCUGGAGGCUUUGGGGAAGCUCCAGAGGAAGUUCUACGCCAAGAAUGAGCGCUUGAAUUGUCCCAUCAGGACCUUCCUGGUCACAGCUCGCAGCGCGGCCAGCUCGGGGGCUCGGGUCCUGAAGACCCUCCGCAGCUGGGGCCUGGAGAUCGACGAGGCGCUCUUCCUGGCUGGAGCCCCUAAAGGGCCCCUGCUGCAGAAGAUAAAGCCUCACAUCUUCUUUGACGACCAGAUGUUCCACAUUGAGGGGGCCAAGGAGCUGGGCACCAUCGCUGCUCACGUCCCCUAUGGCAUUGGACAGAAGUACAACAGAGGAAAACUCAUCGAGCAGCCGAAAAAGGAGUGAUCUGCUCAUGGACCGAGGAUCAAAAGGAAAAAAAGGGGUAAAGCAUUAAAGUUGUACAUCACUGUCAACUCAAUUCUAAAUGUGUAUUUCACAAAGCUGGAGACUAACUUUUGUAUUUUCUAUUUGUUUUUUAGCUAAAAAAAAAAAAAUCUCUUCUAAGUUUGAAGCCGUACAGUGGAAGCUCUAAAUUUGAACACAUCCAAAAGAGGCUAACCAUAUAUUUAUGGGUAAAUAUA